GCAAUUAGUUCCACGAAGUGCUCCUAGAGCGCACGUAACAAGGGGCGGAGCGAUCGCAUAAACCGAAUUAACGUUUUUAAAACAAUGAAACACGAGUAGAAGCGGAGGAUGUCUCGUUGUAUUCGAGCAUAUAGCUUGGCUCUCCUUAUAACUCUAGCAUGUAUCUAGUAUUUCUCGAUACGUUCGUUCGUCGUCCACGAUGCGCUGCCAUCUAAGAUCAAGUCGGUUUUUUUUCUUUACAUAAAACUCGUAUUUCGCUCUUCGACGACAGUGAUCUUAAAUCUUUCCAUCGGCCGGAACGCGUCGCGAUUACUCCGUCCAUUCUGAAUGCAAUGAACACGAUAAAGUCUCUCACGCGAGACGAUAUACCGAUCAUUUUCGACAACUACAAACUAAAAUGGUGGCUCUUUCACGCGGGUCCUCGCCGGCAGGAGCUGCUUCAAAAGUUGAAACGUGAUCUGGAAAAGCUUAAUCUUUCGAGAAGCGGAUUACGACAAGCUCUCUUACAAUUGACCACCAAAUCGUACGUCGUUGUCGAUCGAUUGUCAAAGGAAAUGGUACGCAGCAUCGGCGAUAAGGAUGGGACACAGGCUUUUGCCAAGCGUAACAAAUUCAUACCAUUUUUGCACGCUAAUGAAUGCAACCGGAACAAGGAUGAUAAGAACAAGAUAGAUUUAAAUAACACGGAAAAUAUAAAAAAAACGUCGAGAUGUUCCGAGAAACGAAAUGACAAGUUGAACGCUGAUAGUACAUUGCGGAUAGUUCCAAUGUCGCAUUGUAGAAAACCUCGUGUAGCUGAUAAUCGCAUUAAGAUACACGGUAGUAAAUUUAAACAUAAAAUUAAAAGAAGGAAAGAAUAUUCUUCGGAUAAAUACAAAGUAAAAAGAUGUAAAUUUAAAUGUGAUUAUGAAAAGCCGAAUGCAUUAACCGGUAAAAAAGUAUCGAUGCAAAAUAAUACAAACGGAGUAAUCUCCGGUAGUAAUGAUACAAAUACGACACAAGUGCCUCUUCAAAUAAAUAGACAAAGCUUAAGGUCUAUUUUAGACGAGUCCAAUGAAUUGCGCGAAAAAGAAUUUAGCGAUGAUAAAAGUUGUUAUUUUGCACCUAAAACCAUGGAGGCUGACUCCGCUGUUUCAAAUGACAAAAAAAACGAUAAUUUAAAGGUACGUAACGGCAUGGAUGUAACCGAAUUAAAAACAAUUCGGCAGUGUGAAUUAUGUGAAACCGUAAUUAUUGACAAAAUUAAAAAGAAUUGCAAUAUUUCUAAUAUUUUUAAUCAAACGUAUCCAAAUGCAAAUAAGAGAAAACGAAAAAAGAUUCGAGCCAAAUUUCAUGAGAUCUUCGAUCAAUGCCUCACGGUAAGCGAGGAAGAGGAAGAAGAAUCUAUAAUAAAUGCUUGGAUACGUAAGAGACAAAGAAAGGACUCUAACAAAUCGUGGAAUGUUAGUACAAAUAUCGAAUCGUCUGUACUUUUGGAUAAGACGGAAACACAAGAUACAACAUCUGAUUUAGUAGUAUGCAAAGAUAUAGUUUGUAGAAAGACUUGUGAGAUUGCAAGUAUUGAAUUAGUGGAAACUAUAUUAAAUGCUACAAAUGUUAUAGAAUUUAAUAACAAUCGAACUGUCUGUGAUAAAGAUGUAUUUACCGUGGAAACCAAACUUUAUGGAGACGACAGUAUCCAAAAAGAAAAUAUUAUAAAUUUUCCUUUGCUUUGCGAUAAUAAUGAGCAAAUUGAAAUAGAACUUUCUAAUGAAUUACCAACUGAAACUGCCAAUGUCUCUGUAAUAGAUGACAUCUCUAAAGUACCAAUUAUUCUGACAGAAGAUUAUGCUGCUGCGCGCAAGUGCGUGAAAGAGCAAAUUAAAAUAGACCUUUCUAAUGAAUUACCUACUAAAACUACUAAUGUUUCUGCAAUGGAUGAUAUCGCAAAGGUACCAGUAAUUCAGGCAGAGGAUAAUGCAACGCACAAGUGCGUGAAAGAGUCCGCUAAAUUAACAGAGUCGAUUAAUCUAGAAAGAGAUGCCUUACGUGAUUUUAAUCGAAAUUUUAAUGAUACAAACGUUAAAGUAUUAAAUAAUUAUGCCAUUAAAAUAAGAACACUGAGCGAAAGAAGUAAUAAUAGUAAUAAUAGUAAUAAUAAUAGUAGUAGUAGUAGUAAUAGUAAUAAUAAUGAUGACAAUGGUGAUAAAAUUAUCCGUCAUAUAUCAAGAAAUAGUUGUAGCAAAAAGAUGCAAUUGGAUAGAGAUUCGGAUGGUUCGUGUAUUAGAAAUACCAUUUCGAAUACAAUUCUUAAUUCGGAUGCUCCUGUAGAAAAAAUUUUAGAAAAGUCUAGUGAUAGAGAAAAUUGUUCAAAGACCUCAGAGGCUAAUACAUCCUUUGAUAUACCAAAGAAAAUAGAAAGCACAAUGAAUAAUUUUAGAGAAUCUUGCACAAGAAAUGUUAAUGAUGACGGUAUGGAGAUACAAAUUGGAGUAAAACCAUAUUCCGAAACUACUACAAGUAUUCAAAAAAAUCCUAACAAAUAUAAGGAAAACGUCAUAGAUGAUAAUAUUUUAAAACCAUGUAAACAAGAUGUAAACGAAGAUUUAAGUCAACUUUUACAAAUGAAUAUUAAUCAAAAUUACAAAAUAAGAUCCAUUGGUAAUACUAUUAGCAUUCAAGAAAAUGUUGAAGCGUAUACGAAUCAGAAUAUAAUAGUAAAGGACAUUUGCAUUAGCGAUGUUACGAGUAACAAAAAUCAAUUAAGCGCUGAUAAUUCUACAAACACAAAUGAAGAAACAAUUGCGGAGGAAUCUUUGCCAAAAUCAACGAUUGAUAUUUUUAAAGAAAAUAACAAUACGUCUAUUACACAAAAUGACAAUGAAAAAAUUAAUGACUCUUCGUUUCAUACAACUGAUUUCAAACAACACACUUCACUUGAUUCUACUUAUAAUUUCGUGCAACCAAAAACAAUACAAAAGAAUAAAAUAAGGGUUCUUUCUAGCGCAGAAUUAGGCUCUAGAUGGUGUCCUACUCCUGUUAACACGUCUGUAAACGAACCUAACGUAUUGCUUAAUGAAACUACAGUGCCCAUGAAUGAUAAUGGUAUGCCAUCUAAGUGUACCAAUAUUAAACAAUUGACUAAGGAUGCAGCAGUAGAUAAGGAUCCGUCUUUGUCUUAUAUACAGUUUUAUUUAAUGUCUAUUUAUAGACGUAUAAUGCGUAUACGUGCGCUAGAAAAAAAAUACUCGUCGAAUGGUCGUCGAAAUGCGUCCGCCGGAGUUAAAAAGAUAAUAAAUAAUGAUAUGCAGUUUAAUUCAAAUUUUGUAGUACUUCUCGAAGAAUUACUUAAUUUAGGUAAGGAAUUGAAAAUAAGUGAUUUAAAAAAAGUUAUACGAUAUGCAGCAUCUGCUAUUAACAAAUGUUUCUUAUCAUCCAAAUAUAAGCCAAUAUCAUUGCAAGAAAUUUCUAAUUACAUGACAGUAUUCGAUAAGUCAAUCUCUCAAACAUUUACAUUUGCCCCUAAUAACACGCCUACAUCUAUCUCAAGUAAUGCGUUCACGUUUACUUCUAAUAAUGCAUCCAAAUCUACUUCUAGUAACGCAUCUACAUCUGCUUUUAGUAAUGCGUUUACAUCUACUUCUAAUAACGUAUCCACAUCUGUUGCACCUGUUCCCAAGAUAUCGAACAGUGCUAAUAACGCUGCGCAAGCCGUUUUAUCGAACGUUCAGAAUUUACAUGUCCCAGCAGCGACAGAAGUUCAAGCAAUUUACAACGAUUUACCAAAGAAAAAUGUAUACGCUUCUGUUGCUUCAAAUCAAAAUCAAGAAUGCAAUGUACCAAAUUUACAAACAUUGCAAAACUCUAAUGCAUCGAUUUUAUACGCUCCACCGCCGGUGCAGUCGAUGUAUAAAAACGUGCAAUUAUUACAAGAAAGUCGAAUGUAUAAUUACGGUCAACGUGCGAUCCAGCAACAACAAUUUAUACCAGCAGCUACAUUUUAUAACGCUGCUAAUUCGAAUGUUACGCAAUCACAUAAUAAUAAAUACACUACUCGAAGAUUAAAUUUAAAUCAAAAUUUACAAGGUUUUAUCAGGAACAAUGCGGAAUACGCAUCUCAAAUGGCAGCUCAAUCAAAUAUACCUCAAAGAAUCGACAACACAAGAGAUAUGUCCAAAUUGUCUUAUACCCAACAAGUGCCGCAACAAAUCACUCUAUCAUAUAACGUACCACAAAGGUUUCCUCCAAUCCAAAUGGCGCAGAAUAUUCAAAACUCGCAAAUUUCAUGCUCCAUGACAUUGUCUACGCAACUCCCAACGAUACAAUUUAAUAAUUCAGAGAAUUUACAGCAAAGAACAAAUACGAUUCCAUGCGAAUUGUUACUUCAAAUAUGGGAUCAAGUAACUUUCUGCCUGGAAGAAAAUUUUUUUGAUUGUAGAGCGCAUGAGAUUUACGAUAAGGGCUCUUGUAUUUUAAAACUAUUUCAUAUGGGGUGGAAGGAGAAAAUAUAUAAAUUUAUUCGCUACAAAUCCCAACACGGUGAGUUUGUAGCGCUUCAAAGUAAGCUAGCUAAAUAUAUAUAUAAAACGGCAGUAAUAGAAACUCAAAAGAGAAUAUGCCAACUAUAUUUGCAAAGACAGGAAUCUCAAGAGCGAUCGGAUACAAUGAAGAUUUUAAUUCAAGAUAUGACAAGUAAAAAUAAUGCAUCGUCCGUAAAUUUAGAAACACAAUAUCCAUCGAAAACAGAAGCAAGAAAGUCUAAAUCACAAAGAGUAGACAAUGUAGAACUGAAAAAACAAUCCGAUUUACAUUCAUUAAAAAAUGCAGUGGAACGUAUACUUAGAAAUGACACAAUAUCAAGUAUUUUGCAAAAUAAUAAUUCAUUGCUUAUUGACAGUAACAAAUUUGACAAUAAACCAGUUUCGAUCGAUAAUGAAAUGGAUCAUAAUGGAGGAAUUAAAAGCGUAAUAGAUGAUGUAACUUUAGAAAAUAAAACUAAAAAUCAGGAAGAUGUAUCAGUAGCUCGAGAGGAAUCGGUUGAAAUAUUGUCUACUUCAACGAAUAAGGGCGUAAGGCUCGAAGAGUUUCAAUUGUACGUGAAAGAAGAAAGUUUAUCGCCUAAGCGGAAUAUUACGGAUAAUAUUGAUCAUCGGCAAGUUGAUUCGAUCGAAAGUGCAAUCUCGUCUGAACCACAUAUAAUAGACGUACGAAGCAUAUCUCCAACUUCAUUUAAUACCAUGGAAGAAGUUUUGGCUUUACCUUUGAACGAUUUGCAAUUAUCUACUACCGAGGAUACUAAAGAGAAUGGAAUUGAAAUAAAAAUUCAAAUUCCAGAAGAUGUAAUCUGUUUAAAUUGUUCUAAGAUAAGUACAGUUGUCUGUGAAGUUUGUUUAGAAGCUCAUUAUUGUUCCAAAGAAUGCGCAGCAUCGCAUUGGAUAGAAAAACAUCAUAAAUAUUGUAUGCCCCAUCAUGCAACAGCAUCAGAGGAUGAUGACAAAAAAGUUUAGCGCUGAUGACACAAAAACAUAAAAUUUUGACCAGUCUUAAUUAUAUAAGAGAACAAUCAUCCGUAUAGUAUUAUUAUUUUUGUAUCCUUAUGCAUUUUUUGCAUAUAAACAAUUUUUUUUCUCUUUCUUUUUUUUUUUUUG